AUGGUUUCCCUAUCUCCAACCGCAGCUACGCCGCUGCCCAAGUCUUCGGUCGCUCCCGCGAGCCCUUCAAAGGAUGUCGCAACCCCACAAACGGUCCCCUUCCCAUCACCCCAGACUUUUGAGAUAAUUCCCCCGCUACAUGGCAUACUUCACCGAUUGCUUUCUCAGAAGAAUCCAUCGGGGACGAGUGCGCCUGGCGAUACCUCUGGCGCGCCAGGUACAUCAGCAGAAGCGCAACCCCAAAGCCAACAAGGGCCCGAUGUGACUGGCGGGAAUAAUAAUCAUACAGCUUCACAAGCUAUACCAGGAGGUUCCAAUCUUGAUCCUAAUUCCCAACCUCCACUGAAUGUCAAAGGCCUACCCACAGAAGCCAGCUCCGUAAAAAUUCGGAUUCAAAAGGCUCGCACAACAGUCGAAGGGCUCCCCGAUGUCCACCGCUCCGUCAAGGAACAGCAGAAAGAAAUUGCCGAGCUUGAGAAACGUGUAGCACGUCUCAAAUCUGUCAUUUCAGACUUUGGAAGUCGUGCAGGACAAGCUCUAUGA